UGUCACAUACGCGUGAAAUGAAAGUAUCAACGGAAAGGUAACUUCAUCGCUCCGAGCCGUUGGCAUAUAAGGGUGGGUUCGCGAAGGUGUGGACUGAUGCUCGAACGAUCGUUGCACGGUCCUCAUCUGCUGCAUCUUCAAGCUCUCUUGUGUUAAAAAAAAUUGACAUGGCGACAUGCAUGUCCACUUCAGGCUCGGUCUCCCAAACGAGCUUCAAGGAAGGAGCGUCUAACGAGGAGAUUCCACCUCCUUCGCCUUCCCCGCAAAUGACGAAUGUACCUGUCAAUACAGCCGUGGUGAUUGAUCUAGAAACUACAGGGUUUGGAUGUUUCUCCCACAUACUGCAGAUUGCUGCGUUAGGACAAAAUAAAUCCUUCUGUAGAUACGUUCUACCCAAAAAGCAGAUCCAUCCGGAGGCGCAAGAAGUCCAUGGACUGUCCUUCAAUGAGGAUGAAGGACGUUUGUAUCUCAACGGCCAGCCGGUGGAUGCUGUGAACAUACGCCAGGCUCUGUCAGAGUUUCUGGAGUUUUUAGGCGAUGAAGCUGUCACACUGUUUGCUCACAACUGCAAGUUGUUUGACGCCCCCGUGCUCUUCAAUGCCAUGGAAGCCUGCGCCAUGUUGGCGGAAUUCGAAAGAAAGGUGACAGGCUUCGUAGACACGCUGCCUCUGUUUAGAGCAAUCUAUCCAGGUCUAUCUUCCUAUAGCCAAAAAUCUUUGUAUGAGCAUUUCUUCCAUGAGUCCUAUGCAGCGCACGAAGCUAUGAGUGAUGUCACAGCGUUGAAGCGACUUCUUGACCUGGGCUUCGUUACCGGGGAUGCGAUUUGCUUACACUCGUUUGGUCUCGACUACGUCCGUCAGGUUGUCACACGCAGGAGAGAAACGUACAAGAAUUUACAAAGCUGGAAGCCUAUGAUCGCUUUUGGUUCUGUCAGCUUGAACAUGGCGAAACGAGCAGCGAAAAGCGGUCUCCGAGUCCACCACCUGAGGCUGGCAUACAGACUCAGUGGCCACGCAGGUGUUUCCAAUGUCCUCCAGCAGCCUACCGCUGAUGGCACUGCAAGAGUAACCAGCACACCAAAAUUUCUUCAAACGAUUUCAAGCUAUAUUGUUACAUACCCUAAUGAGGAUAGUUACGAGAACCACGAAGAAUAUGAGAAUGCAUUCGGUGAUGAUUUCGAAGAUGGAGAUGAUGGUAGCUAUGAAGGCUGAUCGUGGUUUCGACGUCGAAGAUGAUCAGCAUCGAUGUCAACAAACAGUUAAUAAAAAUACCUUGAACAGUUAGUGUAUACAAUGUUCAUGUUACUGAAAAUAUUUAAAAGUUAACAAUUGUUUUCUCGCUGUAUGUAGCUUUUAUUUGCAAGCUCUUUAAACAUUUAUUUAUUAGAUCUGCAGAAAGUUUUAAUUAUUUGUACAGUCUGUUUAUCAAAUGUACUUUAUUAGUAAUCAGUACUAUGCUAUGCUAUGCUAUGUUAAAUAUACCGAUUUAAAUAAACUGUCGCCGGCCAGCAUUUCAUUUCCCAGCAAGACACGGCAAGUGCCGAGACUCUCCGUGUAGAGGGGUUAAUGUUGCGUCUUCCUAGACGGGUGUGGUAUUCGUAUUUUUGUGCAUCUCGGGUUUUUUGGUGUUGAAUUUUUCAUGUGGUCAGGUAGUGGGCUGAACGAAUAUUAUCGGAGGGGUAUUAUUUGUUACAAAUCUGAAUUAAAACAUGCAUUAU